CAUGUGACUUAAUUUGUCAAGACCGUAACAAUUAAUAAAUAAUCUUUGCAUUCCAUGGUCCAUUACUUUUGCUUUUGCUGCACACAUACAUGUCCAUUCCAUCCCAUAGGUUCAGCCAAAGCUAAUUUCAAUUAUUGGACCCAAAAGAGCGAAGACCAGGAGGCAGCACCAAGGUCUGGUCUUCACCGAUCGAAGGAGCCACAAAAUUGUUCUUUCGGCACCGUUUCAAUGGGAAACUGCUGGGGUUCUCAGCCUCACAGCGAGGUAACCCCAACAACCACCGGUAACCUUAGUACAGCCACGCCGGCGACAUCUCAGACCAUCAGCGGCAGCUAUACUACUACCACAACCACAACUACUACUACUUCUGGAAGUGGGAACAGCUCCGUAAAUAGCAAGUUCUCAGUGUCAAGCGAUGAUCAACCUUAUCCAACUGGACAGAUCUUACCCACCUCUAAUUUGAGGAUUUUCUCCUUUGCCGACUUGAAAGCUGCAACUAGGAAUUUCAGGGCUGAUACGGUUCUUGGAGAGGGAGGUUUUGGAAAAGUCUUCAAGGGUUGGCUUGAAGAGAAGGGCGCGUCAAAGGGUGGAAGCGGAACAGUCAUUGCCGUCAAAAAACUCAACUCUGAAAGCUUACAAGGAAUUGAAGAGUGGCGGUCCGAAGUAAACUUUCUUGGUCGUCUUUCCCAUCCUAAUCUUGUUAAACUGUUGGGAUACUGUUUGGAGGAGACGGAACUUCUUCUGGUGUAUGAGUUCAUGCAAAAAGGAAGUUUGGAAAAUCAUCUAUUUGGAAGAGGUUCUGCCGUUCAACCACUUCCUUGGGACAUCAGGCUUAAGAUAGCAAUUGGAGCAGCUCGUGGUCUUGCAUUCUUGCAUACAUCCGAGAAAGUAAUUUACAGAGAUUUCAAAGCCUCAAAUAUCUUGCUUGAUGGGUCUUAUAACGCGAAGAUAUCUGAUUUUGGCUUGGCAAAGUUGGGUCCUUCAGCUAGUCAAUCUCACGUGACAACAAGGGUGAUGGGCACAUACGGUUAUGCAGCUCCUGAAUAUGUAGCCACAGGGCAUCUAUAUGUGAAAAGUGAUGUAUACGGGUUUGGAGUUGUUUUGGUGGAAAUACUAACAGGGCUACGAGCACUUGAUUCGAACCGUCCAAGUGGGCAACAUAAUCUAACAGAGUGGGUGAAACCAUACCUGCAUGACAGAAGAAAGUUGAAGGGCAUUAUGGAUUCUCGAUUGGAAGGAAAGUUUCCAUCGAAAGCUGCAUUCCGUAUAGCUCAGCUUUCUUUGAAAUGUCUUGCAUCUGAACCCAAACAACGGCCAUCAAUGAAGGAGGUUUUGGAGAGUUUGGAGCGAAUUCAAGCUGCCAAUGAAAAGCCUGUGGAGCCUAAAUUACGAUCUAAUCAUACUCGUCAAGCCCACCAGGCUGUGCACCAUCGUUCUCCACUUAAAGACGGUAGUUACUAGUUUCUCUUGAGAAAACUAAUCCCUUUGGUUGUGUUGUUUUGUCUCCAUUCAAGAGUUUGCCACUUGUUCAUUUUUAAUGUAUUUCUUGGCUCAGAGAUUUGUACGGGUAAACCAAACAUAUAUUAGUACUGUAAAGUGUAAAUCAUCGUUUGUGUUCUGUUUAAACAGAUGGCAAGGUCCAUGACAACAGUAUCAGAAUAGUGGCUGCAUUAAAAUUGACUAGUCUUUCUUGAUUCCAAUGUCUAUCAUUGUUUAAACAGAUGACUAGUCUUUUCUA